AUGGCGGACUUCAGCGGAAUGUCUAAGGAUGAUCUGGAGAUCGUGUAUCAGGAGAAGGGUGUGGAUAUCCUUUUUCAACACGUCCAGAAGCAUCAUGAUGGCGGCACUCGUGAGCUUGGUGGAGAUGGACACACAAGCAGGAAUAUCUCAGAAGGACAUCUAAUGUUAUCCCCGGAUUGUGACAUAAAAGAUGACAGUAGACAGGAUUCUCCAGGACCUACUCCCAUUACCCCAAUUAUACAUCCAGCUCUAUCAGCUGAUCCCUCUGAUCCUGGGAGAUGUUCUCCUGAUCCCUCUGAUAUUGGUGCAUCUGUUACAGCUCUAAGAGUAGAUACAGUGUUUCUGUGUUCUAUAGAUGCCAAAUGUUUUACACAGAACACAAAGCUUAUUACCCAUCAGCCUGCUAAGGCAGAUGAGAAGCAAUUUCCAUGUUCUGAGUGUGGAAAAUGUUUUACAUACAAAUCAGGUCUUGUUACACAUGAGAGAAUACAUACAGGUGAGAAACCAUAUUCCUGUUCUGAGUGUGGGAAAUGUUUUACCCAGAAAUCACAACUUAUUACACAUCAGCGAAGUCACACAGGUGAAAGGCCAUUUCCAUGUCCUGAGUGUGGGAAAUGUUUUGCACAUAAAUCAGAUCUUGUUAGUCAUAACAGAAAUCACACAGGUGAGAAGCCAUUUUCAUGUUCUGAGUGUGGGAAAUGUUUUACCUGGAAAUCACAACUUGUUACACAUCUGCAAAGUCACACAGGUGAAAAUCCAUUUCCAUGUUCUGAGUGUGGGAAAUGUUUUACAUAUAAAUCACAACUUGUAAUACAUAAGAGAAUACAUACAGGUGAGAAACCAUAUUCCUGUUCUGAGUGUGGGAACUGUUUUACAUACAAAUCAACUCUUGAUGCACAUAAGAGAAGUCACACAGGUACAUCACCAUUUCCAUGUUCUGAGUGUGGGAAAUAUUUUGCACAAAAAUCACAACUUGCUAGACAUCAGAGAAGUCACACAGGUGAGAAGCCAUUUCCAUGUCCUGAGUGUGGUAAAUGUUUUGCACAAAAUUCAGAUCUUGUUAGUCAUAACAGAAGUCACACAGGCGAGAAUCCAAUUUCUUGCUCUGAGUGUGGGAAAUGUUUUGCCUGGAAAUCACAACUUGUUAAACAUCAGAGAAGUCACACAGGUGAGAAGCCUUUUCCAUGCUCUGAGUGUGGGAAAUGUUUUGCAAACAAAUCAGAUCUUGUUAAACAUAAGAGAAGUCACACAGGUGAGAAGCCAUUUCCAUGUCCUGAAUGUGGGAAAUGUUUUGCACACAAAAGAGAUCUUUUUAAACAUGAGAAAAGUCACACAGGUGAGAAGCCAUUUCCAUGCUCUGAGUGUGGGAAAUGUUUAGCACUCAAAUCAGCUCUUGUUAUACAUCACAGAAGUCACACAGGUGAGAAGCCAUUUUCUUGCUCUGAGUGUGGGAAAUGUUUUGCACUCAAAUCAGCUCUUGUUAUACAUCACAGAAGUCACACAGGUGAGAAGCCAUUUUCUUGCUCUGAGUGUGGGAAAUGUUUUACACAGAAAUCACAUCUUGUUACACAUCAGCAAAUUCACACAGGUGAGAAUCCAUUUUCAUGCUCUGAGUGUGGGAAAUGUUUUGCACUCAAAUCAGCUCUUGUUAUACAUCACAGAAGUCACACAGGUGAGAAGCCAUUUUCUUGCUCUGAGUGUGGGACAUGUUUUACACAGAAAUCACAUCUUGUUAGACAUCAGCAAAGUCACACAGGUGGAAGGCCACUGAUAUGUUCAGAGUGUGGGAAAUGUUUUACAUACAAAUCACAACUUGUUAUACAUCAGAGAAGUCACACAGGUGAGAAGCCAUUUUCUUGCUCUGAUUGUGGGAAAUCUUAUUUAACUAAAUCACAUCUUGUUAUACAUAACAGAAGUCACACAGGUGAGAAGCCAUUUCCAUGUUCUGAGUGUGGGAAAUGUUUUGCACAGAAAUCAGAUCUUGUUAUACAUCACGGAAGUCACACAGGUGAGAAGCCAUUUCCAUGUUCUGAGUGUGGGAAAUGUUUUGCACAGAAAUCACAUCUUCUUAGACAUCAGAGAAAUCAUACAGGUGAGAAGCCAUUUUCUUGCUCUGAGUGCGGGAAAAGUUUUACCUGGAAUUCCAAACUUGUUAUACAUCAGAGAAGUCACACAGGUGAGAAGCCAUUUUCUUGCUCUGAGUGCGGGAAAUGUUUUACACAAAAAUCACAACUUGUUACCCAUCAGCAAAGUCACACAGGUGAGAAGCCAUUUCAAUGUUCUGAGUGUGGGAAAUGUUUUACAUGGAAAUCACAACUUGUUACACAUCAGCAAAGUCACACAGGUGAGAAGGCAUUCUUAUGUUCUGAGUGUGGGAAAUGUUUUGCACACAAAUCAGCUCUUGUUAUACAUCACAGAAGUCACACAGGUGAGAAGCUGUUUUCUUGCUCUGAGUGUGGGAAAUGUUGUGUAAGUAAAUCACAUCUUGUUAUACAUCAGAGAAGUCACACAGGUGAGAAGCCAUUUCCAUGUUCUGAAUGUGAGAAAUGUUGUGUAAGUAAAUCACAACUUGUUAUACAUCUGCGCAAUCACACAGGUGAGAAGCCUUUUCCAUGUUCUGAGUGUGGGAAAUGUUUUGCAUGGAAAUCAGAUCUUGUUAUACAUCACAGAAGUCACACAGCUGAGAAGCCAUUUUCUUGCUCUGAGUGCGGGAAAUGUUUUACACACAAAUCACGACUUGUUACCCAUCAGCAAAGUCACACAGGUGAGAAGGCAUUUCCAUGUUCUGAGUGUGGGAAAGGUUUUGCACACAAAUCACAUCUUGUUAGACAUCAGCAAAGUCACACAGGUGAGAAGCCAUUUUCUUGCUCUGAGUGUGGAAAAUGUUUUACACGGAAAUCUCAUCUUGUUAGACAUCACAGAAGUCACACAGGUUAG